CCUGGAGUAUAUGUACUAUGGCGUUCACAUGACUGUGUACUACAGUUGUACAUAACAUAGUUGUAGUACAGCUUACUGCAUACGUUGCCUUAUGUACACUAAUGUAUGUAUCUAUGUAUAUACAUGUCUCUGUGUAUAUACAUCUGUGUUGUCCGUGUUUUGAGGUGUACACUUUAUUCUGAGUUGCUAACUUGCAUGCUCAGAUGUAGCCCCCAUGGCCUUGUAACCCAAUGCGGGAGGGAAAGAGAGAGAGGAGGGGAAAGAGGGUUUGAAUGAGUCUGGACAGUAAGGCAGCCGCCGGUGUACCCUACUCAUCUGCCAAGCCAAUGUUGGCCCUAGUGCAGCUGUGGGGAUAUAUAUGGUAGCCUCAGACCCUCCUGGGCUGAUGACCAUAUGUAGCAAGGGCAGGAGCACUGGCUGCAGUACCUCUAGUAUUACGGUGACCUUGUAAAGGAACUUACAUACAUGCUGGCAUAGGACAGCGUCCUUUGACUGGGUAACUUUUGGCACUGUUUAUGUCCCGCACCAAGGAACCAAUGGUGCUAACAGACCAAUUUAGGCAUUCACGGCAACCUUGUUAGCCUCGGACCUGAGUGACACUUGACUAUUUGCAUAAAAAAAGAGAUUUGCUGCCUCCAGUGUGCGGUUUACAGCGCUGUGGAUUUAAAUCUUUCGCACUCUCUCUUUCUCCCUGUCUCCUUGUGUUUGCCCAUGCCAAAAGAUAAUUAAGUAAGUGUUAUUCAAAUAACAGCUCUAUUUGGUUGUAUAGUACGAUAUCUAUUACACACGCAGUACAAUGUUAGUGUAUGUUUGUAUGCAGUACACUUUAUUAUGUGCAGGCAAAUGCUGUAUAUUAGCGGCUAGCCCUGCGCCUUGCUGUUAGUUUGCCCUCCUGCUCCAUGCAAAAACUAAAUCAUCUAAGAGUUAGGGUAGCUCAAGAUGCUCUUUCAAUCCCAGUUGUGAUAGCUCAGCAGUACAGUAUAAUGAAUCCCACUGCUAAAGGCCCCUCUAUUGUCUCUGGAAGUUGAGCUAUGUGGUCAUGUGAUACAAUCCUCAUUGUCUCUAGCUCUUCAUAUAUAUAUAUAUAGCAACUGUAUCUUCUGUCACACUUCAGUGCUGCUUUGUAGAUUCCAGUGUACAUUUCUACAGUCAGUCAGUGUGUGUGUGUGUGUGUGUGUGUGUGCUGUAACUCUAUCGAUUUCGAGAGUUCGAAGUAUUUCGCACUAGCAAUCGGUUGCACUUUCGGUGCACUAUAGCACAGAGUCUUGUUCAAAGUAGUGUAGCCGUAGCUAGUGUUUGAUCUGAGAGAGAGGCAGAAAACCAGUGCUUUCAUACGUCAGAGUAAAAAAAUAAAACAGAGUUAGAGCGCAGUGAGUGAGAAAAAGGGAUGCAAUGUCUCUGAACGAGCUAAAGGAAUUCUCGACAAAGGUUUACUCUCGAGGGAGAAGGCUGAGCCAUGGUUUGACCUCAGAUAUUGUCAAGACAAUGACUAAAAAGAAAGACAAAAAGUCUUCAAAAUCCACCAAGGACAAGACAAGGAACCUCCCUGGUCAGGACAUCAGCGGUCCCAAGGGAGGUACUGAUGGACUGUAUAUAAAGUUGGUGCAGCAUCAGAGGAGUAUCGGUGUUCAUAUGCAGAUGAUCAAUUCUGCAGUAAACAACGGGACAACCUUCAACCUCUCCCAGGUGACCACAGUCCUCCUCAUCCAGAUUGACAGCGCCAUCACCACCACACAUCACUUCCUCACUUCUGAGGUCCUAGAGAAAUUUGACGGGGUGAAGACCAGGAUGGACGUGUGUGAGAGGAUCCUCUACGUCAACGUGGCAAAGGUGGUCAAGUGGGCCGACUUUGACUCCAGAUCUCCUCCAAUGAGCUCCACGGCCAGCGGGAAACUGGUCCGGAACUGGAUCCAGGAGUUCGAAACUGCCCUCGGGGAACUGGUAAAGUUGGUGGAAGACACUCAAAUGCAGCUGUCUGGAUCUUCCGGAACUUUCUCUGACACUGUCCAGAGACAGAGGAGGUCAUCGCUGGGUUCGUCCAACUCGACAGGUGCGCUGGGUCCCCUGGAACCGGCCUCCCUCCCCCAGAUCUCCACCCUCAAGGUGGAGGGAGGAGGGAGAGACCGGAAGAUCAGUCUGCCCAUCGUCUCCACGCAGCCCAUUGCAAGGGGACUCCCGGCUGGUAUGGGGAAGCCCCCGACGGGACGAGAAUCCCUCGGCUCCAUGUUGUCUGAGAGCAGCACGUCUGACGAGGAGAAGAGACGAUCGGGCUCAACAGACCGAGUCUCCCCAGACAGACACGACCUCACCAUGAGUGGUGAGUGGAACGGUAGGAACCGGAGUCAGACUGAUACCUUCGCCGCCCCUCCCAUCCCGAUCCCCGCCCCCCGACACCCUCACCCCAUCACCUCCCCCUCCCACACCCUCACCGCACCCCCCGCGGGGGCACUCACCGACAUGGACAGGUCCCUCCUGCCACCUCUGCCUGGGGAGCCUCAUGCCACUGGCUGGAGAACGGCUGCUGGCUAUCCCCAUGACAGGAGAGGACACACCAUGCCUCGAGGAGCGUCAGAGAGUCCAAAGGUGAACGGUCGCUGGUCCCCUGAGCCGAGACUCCCCGGCCAUCACGGCUCGGCUCUGGGUCACGGUGACGACAUGCCUCCUCCACUGCCUGUCAAACAGAAGAAGAGAGUGAACCAACAGGUCAACGGCCAACCUCCAAGGCCUCCUAUAAGGAGAGAAAACUAUGACGAUGUACCUCCUCCGCUGCCAAUGAAACAAAGGAAAGGAGUUGGCACCACCUCUCCUCCGACCUCCACCCCUGGACCCAGCCCGUCGCACUCUAGCAGCAGUGAGGGGGACCGACCUCCGAUGGUACCAGUCAGACUGGAUUCCAUCAUCCCACGUGGAGCCCUGCACAACGAGGCCGCGCCCCCCAAACCUCCUCGCUCUGACCGACCUGCUUCCAUGGACCAACUGCCACAGCCCACCAGUAACGAAGUGGUAUCCGCCAUUCGUGCCGUGAGGAGAUACAACGAGGACCUGAUGAAGGGGCAAGCAGAAACGGGGGGAGAGGAAAAAGCGCCACCCAUCCCCCUGAAGAAGAAAACUGUCAUGUUGUACAAGGAGAUAGUGAAGGGUUACCAUUUCGACGACACGCUGAUGCAGCCUCUCUACAUCCCCAUGGCCGAGUGUGGGCCACCUGCCCUGCCUCCAAAGAAGAGAAAGAGUCGAAGACAGGUGCCGUCUGUGCGGCGCAGGAGGGACGUUAGCAGCACUCGGGAGUCAGUCGACCAAAAGGAGCUCAGCGAUGACCAGCGGUCGUUCUGUGGCCUCAGCGUGUGGGACCUGGCGGAUGACUACAGAUGCUCGGAGGACAUCAACUAACUGGAUCUGCUAGAGGGUAGUUUUAGUUAGUUUAUGUUACUGUAGUGGUUCUCAGGAUGGCGGAUACAUACACUCAGAGGAGUCUCCAUGAUGCUCUAUCGCAUAUGCUGCCUCCACCACUAGUGCCGCUCAAGCAGUUCACUGAAGCCUUCUACUGACCUACUACACAUUCAUCACUCCCGAGAAUCUUCUCUAAACUUAUCUCUCGGUUGUAACCUUUCUACAAGCAGGGAAAAACAAGCCGGUUGGUGGGACAGCCACCAUCAGUUUGUUGGUCCGUUUCUCAACAAUCUCAAUCAACCUCGGUCCAAGAGGCCGAGGUCGAGUGAGACUGCCUUUGAAAUGGUCCACCAGAUGCUCUCGGACGGAAACCUCAAAGUUUGCACAGCUCUGCUCCGGUAAUGCCCUAG